UUCUUUUUUUUUUAUAGAAUUUUCCUUUUUCUUAUUAUAAUAUUUCUAAUUCCGGCUUCGAUUCUCCUUUGUUCAUACAAUAACCGCCUCAUUUCCCCAGUGAAUAUUUUUAAUUUAAAAGUUGAAGGAACAAAACAGAGGGUGGUUUUUCUUUGGUUGUAGCUGAGACUGCUUUUAGGUUUCUUGAUGGCAGAAAAAUCAUGUAUUAAGCGCCUUCAGAAAGAAUAUAGAGCACUUUGUAAGGAACCAGUUUCUCAUGUCGUUGCUCGUCCAUCCCCAAGUGACAUUCUUGAGUGGUAUUAUGUGCUGGAAGGGAGUGAAGGAACACCUUUUGCAGGUGGGUAUUACUAUGGAAAGAUCAAGUUCCCUCCUGAGUAUCCCUACAAACCUCCUGGAAUCACAAUGAUCACCCCCAAUGGACGAUUUAUGACACAGAAGAAAAUAUGCUUGUCCACGAGUGAUUUUCAUCCAGAAAGUUGGAACCCUAUGUGGUCUGUAUCAAGCAUACUCACAGGGCUGCUGUCUUUCAUGAUGGAUAACAGUCCUACCACUGGCAGCGUAAACACUACUGCUGCCGAGAAACAAUGCCUGGCAAAGACAUCCCUUUCUUUUAAUUGUAAAAACCCGACAUUCAGAAAAUUGUUUCCAGAGUAUGUCGAUAAGUACAACAAGCAACAACAACUUGUGCCGGAGCAUUUAUCUGCAGAAUCACCUCAAGGAGAUAACCCUAGACCCGAGAUAGAAAAACCUGUCAACUCUUCCGGGGAAGAUGUUAAAAAUGUAGAUAAGCCGAGGGAUACAAGAAACAGGAAACAACCAUUCCCAACGUGGGUGAUGUUGUUUCUGUUUUCCAUCUUCGGGAUCGUGAUGGCUUUGCCGCUGCUUCAACUUUAAUGUCCCGGGGGGAGGGGGUUUACAACAUGGCAAAUUCCAUUAUUGUUAGUGAUAAUACAGUGUCUAGUUGAGGGAAUCCAUUUAAUGCUCCUUAGGUUUGUCAUGUUAGUAGAAAGUAUAGGGGAGUUUUGAUAAGAUUCUAAGGAAGGUUAAGUUGGAUGUUGACUAAUUAUGUAUCCUAUGUUAAAAGUUCAUGUUGGUAAUUUUAACUAUCGAGUUUGAAACAUUACAUGCU